AUGUCGCUGAAGGAUUUGGAGUGCAAAAGAUUCUUUGGGGAGUCUCGUAGGUCUCUCUUGGCACAGUAUGGCUCUGCUACUAGGGAAGCACUGUCACGAGUCCGAUUCAUGAGGACCAGCAAUAUUGUGGUCUUGCAGGCUUUGGUGUUAUAUCUGAUUGCUGUACGAGAAAUAUACGAGCCACGCCUUAUAUGGGUAUUGACUGGCGUUGCCGUUAGAAUUGCUGAAGGCAUGGGCCUCCAGCGUGACGGGACAUAUCUAGGAUUGCCACCCUUUGAAACUGAGAUGCGACGACGGAUCUGGUGGCAGCUGAAGAUGCAUGAUCACCGAACGGCGGAACUCAGCGGCGUUGCAAAAUUCCAGGGCGUUGAUCCCGGCCAUCACCCACCAAAAAUUGUCGUGAAUGUUAACGACAAUGAGCUUUACCCCGAUAUGACUUCUUCUCCGGUCGAUUCCACUGGGCCAACUGAUAUGUCAUUUUGCGCUCUACGCUCAGAAAUUGGUGCUUUCGCCGUCAGUCACGCUGAUAAGUUUGUCAAAAUUGGCGGCAGUGGCGGCUUAUGGAACGAUUAUGCUCCUGGGGGGGAUACGCAGGAAAAGGAUGCUUUUAUUGAAGGGCUCAGGGGAACCUUGGAACUAAAAUAUAUUCGCCACUGUGACCCAUCUCAACCGCUGCAGUUACUAACUUCCCUUUUUGCUCGAGUGGUGAUAUGUGUUGGCCACUUUGUCUCCCACCAUCCGCGGAGAUGGGCCAGUAUUGACAAAAUACCGGCAUCCGAACAAGAGUACGUCUGGGAUCUUAGUAUUAAGCUUCUUGAUAUCCAUGAGAUGAUGCAGUCAGAUCGUCGACUCCAGCGCUUCUCGUGGUAUGCUUCCUACUAUACUCAAUGGCAUGCUUUCAUUCACGUGCUUGACACGCUUCGAGCCACGCCCAUGACGAAGACUGCUGACCAAGCGUGGCAACUGGUUGAAGCCACCUAUGAGAACAAUCCUGCCUGGCUUUCGAAUAUCAAAAGGCCGAUCCACGUGGCAGUGGGUAACCUCUGCUUGAAGGCAUUUAGUGUCCGGGAGGCCAAGAUGAUCAAUGAGGGCAAAACCCUACCAUCUCUGCCUCGAUUCAUCGUCAAGCUUCGCCAGCAACGGGAGGCUGCCAUGAUCAAGAGACAAGAGAGAUCUCGUGCUAGGGAUGGAGUCCACCUAUCUUCAAUUCAAGAGCCGCCAAAAGCGAACGAAUCGAUGCCAAGUACAGAUCCAGAUGGUUCAUUUAUUAGAACACUACCUACCGUUCCACAGUAUUUCCCAUCGCAGCCCGACAACCAUUUUGACCGGCCAAAAGAUCUCCUGAACAGUAGUGACGCUUUCUGGUACGGUAAUGGAGAAGACGAUAGAGUGCCAGGACAGUUCAACGACGGGAUGAUCGUGGAUGUCGACUAUAUGUUGACUCAGGACACCGGCUUUGAAGAGUCGAACGCGGCUCAACAGGGAAUCAGCUGGUCACAAUGGGAUGCCUGGCUCGCUGACUCCGGCGGCGUGUUUCUCCCUGAAUUCGACUUCAGCAUGGAUUUCGAAGGAGCUCCGGUUCAAACGAACAUGUGA